GCGCUGUAAAAUUUAAGGGGCGGUAAUGUCUGACAAAGAUAAAUUGGAAAAGGGUUGAGUAUCCUUUAAAGUAAAAUUGUGUUGGUUGUUAAUCUUGUGAGUUUGGAUGUUGGAGGGUGCCUUACAUGUAGAUAAGUUUAUUUUCAAUCCACAGAUGGGUGUUUUUGUCACUACAUUUAUUACAUUGUUGUAUAGCAGUGAUGAGGAGAUCAGUGGUACCCCUAUUAUUCGUGUUAAUGAAAUGAAUCGAAAUGGGUUUAGUUACAAAAUUUAAAAUGUCUCUAAGGUGUUCUUGAAGUUGUGUUUUUAGAGUAUCGAUAAAAGACUAUAUAUAUAUAUAUAGUAAUAGCCUACUCUUACUAGGUCUGGCUCAAAAUGGAAAAGUAAAAAGAAAAGAUAAAAGUAGAUCUUUAAAACUUCUAGUAGUAGGUACUGUACUAAUAUCUUAGGUUUGAUACUUUAAAAUUUGGUCUGAAAUUUGAAAAUAAAAUGUGUUACUGUUGUUUGUUAAAGGAUUUUAAGGCUUAUCGGUCUAUAAUGUAAAUAGCUCUAUUUAUAAAUGUUUUAUCAUGUUUAAACAGGCUUCAUUCAUUUACCAACUUGCAAAUCCUCAGAAAAAAAAUGUAAUUGUUACUUUGCUGAUAAAUAAAAAUGGCUUUUAGAAUAACUCCAGCAGUAAAGUAGGAUGAUGGGUGGAUUGAAAGACAUCAGCACCAGAUCAUUGUGUUAACAUGGAAGCUGUGGUAGAGUUUGAGUAUCAAGCCGAGCAAGAAGAUGAGCUGUCACUUAAAGUUGGGGAUAUCAUUACCAAUGUUGUCACAGCAGAAGGGGGGUGGUGGGAAGGUGAACUGAAUGGGAAAAAGGGCAUGUUUCCAGAAAAUUUUGUCAAAUUAGUAAAAAGACGUGAACCAGCAUCUUCAAAAAAAGAAGAGAAACGAGAAGCCACACAACGUAAAUCUGUUAGAGAAUUAGCCAAUAAAUUUAAGGAUGGUGUACCUAUAAGUGUCGUUCCUAAAAAGAAAGAGAAGAAAAAAAAGUGUAAAGUUCUCUUUGAAUAUAAAAAAGAAAAUGAUGAUGAACUUGAGCUACAAGUGGGAGAUAUCAUUGAAUUCCACAAACAGGUUGAGGAAGGCUGGUGGGAAGGGUCUCUCAAUGGGAAGCAUGGCGUCUUCCCUUCCAAUUUUGUUGAAAUGAUUGAGGAACAGUCUUCUUCAGAUGAGAGUGGACAGACCAACUCUGAAGAUAAAGAUAAAACAUCAGAAUCUCAAGGAAAAGAUGAAAAUUUUCAGGCAAUCAAAGGGAAGAAAAUAGUUGGAGUAGGACUUGGAAAUAUAUUUGGAGGGGGGCCAAUCAAAUUAAGGCCGACUGCAGAUUCAGGGAAAAAGGAGGAUGGCAAGUCAGGCAGUAAAGGUGAGCCAGAGAUAACACCAGAGGUAGCUAAAAGAGAGAAACAAAACACAUUUGAGCGAGCUAUAGUCAGGUUUUCUUACAAUGCUGAGCAGCCUGACGAGUUAUCAUUAGUAGAAGGUCAAAUCAUUAGAAUACUUGAUAAGGAAUUAGAAGAUGAAGGUUGGUGGAAGGGUGAACUUCACGGCAAAGUGGGUGUGUUUCCUGACAACUUUGUUGAACUCUUACCAAAUGAAGAAACAAGUAAACCCAAAAAGCCACCUCUACCAACCAAUACUACUAAACAGAGUGUUCCUGUAAAAGUUUCGGAGAAAUCAAUGUUAAACUCUUCUGAUGAUAAAAUAAAAGCAGAAAAUAUCAGUUUCUCUAAUGCCAGAAAAGGUAAGAAAUACUCUGUGACACAUUCUUCUCGACAUUCUCCUGGUCUCAGUAAACGUUCACAGAUGUCUAGGGAACUUUCUUGUAUCUUAGAAGCUGUUGAGCAAAUGAGAGAUGAAGACUCGAUGGUCCUAUAUAGACCAGACUCCAGAAGCAAAAUACACUAUUAUUAUGAGAGUUUAGGUCCUUCAAUAACCAAAAAACCAGUAGCUCCUCCACCUAUUGGAAAGAAACCCUUAAACCAAAAACCAAUUGAGCAGAAGAUUGAAUCUUCUGGGUCUCAAAAAGGAUCCCUGUUAUCCAAAGAAAAGAGUGUAAGUGGAGACUGUGAUGAAAGGAUUACUGAAGAUUCCAGAAGUUUUGAUGGCAUUGAGCCUGCUGGACAAAAAUUGACCCAUCUGACUGCUAACAGAGCCAAGGGUCCCAAGAAACGUCCUCCUUCCACGGUUCUUACACUUAAUGAUGGGGAUAAAGAGUCUGAGCUAGUGGAUGAUUGUAAAAACAACUAUUCUGUCUCAGACAAAUCCUACUCACAAACUGAUAAACAUUUGCCAGAUAGGCCUGAAAAACCUCAUGUUCUUUUACCCUCUAAAGAAAUAAAACAUCAACCUCAACCUCCAUCAGAACCAGAGGCACCUUCAUUACCUACAUCAGCACCACCUGCACACAAAGACCAAAGUGCACCACCGCCUCGACCACCUGAACCUAAUACUAAUAAAGGGUUGCCUGCUAGUCCAGCAUUAAGUAGCCCAGUGAACAAAUUGAUAGAGCAACUACAAAAAGAGAUGCAGGAACUAAGGGCCAACUCUGUCAGCAAAACUGCAUUUAAUGAACUGAAAGCUGAGCAUGAGAAAUUAAAACUAGAAUUUGAAACAAUGAGGAAUGUGCAUGCUAAAAAGUUUCGUGAACUGGAGAAUGAGGUGGAUGAGGAGAAGAAGUUGAGGCUGACCACUCAAGUGGAAAUAGAGAGAGUGAAGAAAUUUAUGUCAGAGACGAAUGUUUGAAUGAUGCAAUUAGUAUUUCUUAAAAUCUAUUUAUCAACAUUCAUGAAUGGCUCUUUAUACAUGUUCAGUGUGUGUUUUGUCUGCCUCUCUCUUUUGGACACAAUUGUAUAUUUCUGUGAUUUCUGGAUGCUAACAAGCUUGUUCUAAUAAAUUGUACAGGUAAAAAGAAAAAAAAAAAGAUAACCUUUAGAGUUUGUUAUUGAAAUCAAUGUCUAAACUUUUUAUUUUUGUCUCAUUUUUUUUAGAAAAUUGUUACAUUUGAUCUCUUAUUUUGUAUUCUUGUGAGUUGGGAAUUCUAUUUAAAAAAACAAACAAACAAGUAAAUAUUCUACUAAGGUGCCAUAUCUUUUUGUUUUAUCAAAAUGUGUUAACACUACUUUCUUUAUAAGGAAAACACUAAGUGAACAAGAUAGGACCUUACCAUUCGAAAGUCUUUAAAAAAAUAUAUAUUUUAAAAUUUGUAUUUGUCUGGCAUUUAUUUCCUUGUUUUUUUUGUUUUUUUUUUUGUUGUUUUUUUUUUUGUAGGAAUUACAGUAAAAAUAGAUAUUUAGAAAAAAACAAAACAUAUCAAAUUAUAAAUAUUAAGUGUUUUUUUAAAGGCAUGUUUAUUUUGCAAUAAAAAAAAAAGAUUCAAAAAAUGAACUUUGUUAAUCUAAUAAUAAUAUAAGAAGAAUUAGAUUUUUAAAAUAUGCUUUAAUAAAUUCUUUAAUAAGUUCAAUGCUAAAAAAAGUUAUCAGAAAUAAUACUUUCAACCUUUUUAAGCCUGUGGGUAGGCUAUGUCAAGAAUUAUCUUCUGUGUAGGUUGUUCUUGUGACCAGUUUUUCUGCUAUUGUCAGUCUGCCAAUUUUGCUUAUCUUUUUAAUUGUUCUUUCUUCAGAAAUAAAUCUGGGCACAUCUCUCCUUCAUAUUUGUGAACAUUACUCUUUCUCUCUUUUUUUUUUUUUUUUUUUAUACAUUCAAAUAUUGGUUGUCAUUUUUAAGGCCAGUGUGUAUACCUAUGGAAUUGGACUUUCUGCUGAUAUGGUACAAUCAAACAAUAAAUUGCAUGUACAUUUCCUCUCUUAUGGAAUAAAUUACCUUCCAGAUGAGUUAGAUUGUUGAAGUAGCAUAAGACUUUCUUUCAAAUAUUUCAUUUUUUUUUUUAUAUUCAUGUAUGACCAGUGUAUUGAUUUACAAACUUGUCUUAACUUAAGGAAAGAUAUAAACCUUGUAGCUUUUUGUGGUUCUGCAAGUUACUCUCUAUUCCAGAUCUAGAUUCUUUUUUUUUUAAAGAGCAAUGAAGAAAAUUGUUUUGUUAAUUCUGCUCAAAUGUGACUUUGUUAUUGCAUGAAACUUGUUAUAGAACUAAAGGGGUUGACUUCAAAUGAGUCAUUCUUACUAACUAACAACAUUUGUAGAGUUAUUUUCUUUCUUCCAAGUGAGUCUGAGUGUGGGGUUAAGAAAAGUUACAAUUCACCUUAAAGCUAGAUGUGUUUCAUCAAUGUUAUUUAAUGGACAAGUUGGCUUUUUUUAAUAGUUUUUAGUUUGAUUUUAACUUUACAAAACAAUAAUGUAUACAAAGAGAAAUAGGUUAGUGAGAAAAGUUUUUGAUUUCACAAUGAUGAUUGUAGUGGAAACACACACACACACACACAAAUAUAUAUAUAUAUUCACCUCCUCUUAAGCCUGUGUGUGUGUGCGCAUAAAUGAUACUUGCUCAUUUGGAACACACUCAGAAUAUAGACUAGUGUUCCCAUAUACAUUCUCAACUCCACUUAAAAGUUUACAAUAUGGCUACAUUAGUAUGUGUCUCUUGUGGGUCAGGGGCUUCCAUUCUUUCUUAUGAUUUUGACUCGCCUACAUGCAGUGUACUUAAACAUAUAGAAGUUAAUAUUCUAUUCAGAUAGUUCCUUGCUUGCAUUCAAAGUAUGUAUUAACUUCACAUGUGAGGCACACUAGCUUUGAUAUUAACAUAUUUCUUAAGAAAUUCUACAUGUUAAAAAACAUACUUUUAUAUAGUGGUUGAAAAUAAUGUUUGGCUUUAAAAUACUUAACCAUUCCUUUGUGUUGAAGUAACAACAUACAAUUGUGAUGUCAAAUACUUGAAGUUCCAAUGAUAACAUGCUCAUCUUUAUUCAUAGCAUGCAAUUGAGUCCUUACCUUUAUUUCUACUGUAGGGUAGGUAUUUGUACAACAUUCCUUUAAGUUCUACAAAAAAUUCUUUUAUAAAUCUUUUUAAUGCUUUGUCAAUUACAUUUUCAGCCAGAUUCACAGUUUUCCAAAUCUCGUAAAAUAAGCACUGACUUGAUUCUACCUUUUAUUUACUUCAUGGUAGUUGUUUUUUUUUAGGCCUAAUUAGUUUGAAAUGAAAUAUCAACAUUUUUGUUUGUAAGUUGUUAGGGCUUUAGAAUCUUCAUUUUUAUUUGAAAACUUCACUUAUUUAUUUUUGGCUUAAUUGACUUUGAUUCAAUUUGGGAUACUUCAAGCUAAUUAGCAGUCUUGUGUUUUUCAAUGUGCUCUAUACUAGUCCAUCAUUCAUGAUUGUUGUCUUUUUAAAAUGUGUCUCUUCCUGUUUGUUUAUUUUUCUUUCUGGGUUAUAAAAUAACUUGACCACAUAACCUACUUAGUUUUGUUUAUUCUAUAUCACCUUUGCCCUUCCCCUUUUUUUAUAAGUUUGUUGAAAACCACAUUUUAAAAGGAUUUUUAAAAAUUCUUAGUUGGUUGCUAGCAAGCAAUACUACUCUCUUAUCUCCAAAUUGGUUUUAUUCCUCUAUGUAGACAUGAGCAUGUUUUUAUAUGUCCACUAUUCAAUGAAGUUAAUUUAUUAUAAAAAUUAUUAAAAGUAUUAUUGUCAAAAUGGGGAGGAAAGAUCAUGCUUUGCCUUAUGAUUUUUUUUUUUUUACUUGAGUAUCGACUCCAGUGUGAGUGUUUGCUUGUCUCUAGAUGUAAAUAGAUAUAAAUAUACACACACAUGUUCUGUAUGACUGAAUUUGAGAAUGUCUAGCUAGGAUGUGUUAUGUCUUUGAUGCUAUGAUAUGAACAAGAAUACAUCCCUGUUUACUUUA